GCAGCACCAAAGCUUUGCCCGCGGCUUCCUGCGCGCCAUGGCAGACAAAGCGGCAUUGACCCGGCUCCGGCGGGAGUAUGCCAUAAUUCAGCAAUCACAGAAGACCCCCCACAUCGUGGCACGGCCAUCCGAGAGCAACAUGCUGGUGUGGCACUUCGUGUUGCAUGAUUUGCCUGCAGAGACUCCCUACCGUGGAGGUGUUUAUGAAGGAAAACUCGCUUUUCCCCGCGAGUAUCCUUUGAAGCCUCCGGCGAUCUACAUGAUCACACCCUCAGGGAGGUUUGAGGUGAACACUCGGCUUUGCUUGAGCAUGUCGGACUUCCACCCAGAGAGCUGGAACCCAUCUUGGCGGAUUGAGUCCAUUUUGGUGGGCCUGGUGAGUUUCAUGCUGGACCCCUCGGAGCCCCGCACCACUGGGGGCCUCCACAGUUCCGAGCAGCGGCGCCGGGACUUUGCGCUGCAGUCCUUCGCAGCCAACGUCGCGCGCCCCGAGUUCCGCCAGCUUUUCCCUGCCGCUCUCUGGUCUUGCAAAGUGACGGAGAACGACUACCAGCAGAUCUUGGAGUUGGAGUGUCGUCAUCUGGUGCCCUUCCUGCCCUUCAGCGCAGAGUGCCCCGACCUGUCGCCGUACCUCCUGGAGCUCCCACGCUGCUCUCUGGGAGGAGGCUGCUCAGUUGCUGCCCUGCGCAACCUGCGGGCCGACUCCGACCUUGGAUUCCUGUCGAUCCACGAGAUUGACGCUUCGUCUGCGCGGGCUCUGAUCGUGUUCAACGACGUCCAGUUGCCCGACGAAGAGUCGCUGCAGCAGAUCCGAGCAGCUGGACCUGCCUCUGCGGUGAACUGGAUCCUCCGAGCACGCCCUGCAGAAGUGCACCAAGCUGUCAUCAUGCAGGCUGACGCUGGCAACGAGUGGUCUGUUCUCUGGCACGCAGAAGUCCAGCAGGUCGCAGUGCCAGCUGUGAAGGCUUACUACUCUCAUGUGUGCUCCAGGCAGGGCGCAGGUGCUGCUUUGAGCUUCGAAAGUGAGUGGACGCCUUUCAAGCGAGUGCGCGUGCUGAGAGAGUGCAUGCCCAGCGCUUCCAAGAAUAGCUCGGCUUGGCAGGACGCCUGCUAG